ACACAGUUUGAGCGGCUGCUCUGCUGGUGGAUCGUCCCGCCUUCGCCAUGUGAUUUCCAUCACCGGACCGUCUUCCAUUCUGAGGAGGGCAGCAUCUGUGCAGGACCUCUGUCAGAGGGGGAUAACAAUCCAAGGCUGAUUAGAGAUGAAGGUCUGAGGAAAGACUGUUUUGAAGACAGUCAGGUCUUUUCAUAAAGUCUUGUCUGAGGGAAACAGCUGUAACAUCAAAGCAGGAAGGUGUCCUGGUUAGUGCGCCAGACUGAAUUUGACAGUGACACAAAAAAAAAAAGAAGUAUCAGGUGAUCAAAACCCAACAGAAAGAUCAGCACAGCAGAAGAAAAGUGCAUGAAGAAGCAGGGAAAAGGCGAGAGCACCACCAUCCGCCUCUCUUCCCCAACAGGGAGCAGCAGCGUGCAGGUCUACAAUGACUGCCAGAGGGUGGUUUACAAGAUGCACCCUGGGAACAGCUACACCGUGGAGAACGGGUCACACACCAUGACAGGCGGGCCGCACCCGGUCACUGGGAGAGACGGCAGAGGCAAAAUGCCAGAGGACAUCGUCUCCAACGGCCGCGGCCAGGGGGACUCGGUGUGGAUAAUCGACUCCUGCUCAGGGCCGGAGGACAACUCCACAGACCCACAUGAAAGCCUGACGGAGACGUCCACUUUGACCUUUGCAGACGCCCACACCAUUGACGGAUCAGGAGAGAGCCACAGCCUCCAGGGACUCGGGGUGGGGAUCGUUUACACCAAGGAGUUUGUGCUGAUCGACGACGACGACGACGGGGACAUGUCACUCAGAGAGAAAACGGUGACUGACAUGUCCGUCAUGGAUGGAAACGCUGCCGACCUGGUGUGCGGGAGGCUGCUGUCCGUCUCCAGCGGCUCGCUGUCCGAGUCUAAGCAGGAGUCUCCGGCCCCCGAGGCUCCUCCCCCUGAGGAGGCUGGCACCUCGGCCAAAGACCAGCGCUGCUGCCUCUGUACCAUUCUAUGACCCGGCAGGAGGCCUGGCCUUGAGGAGCAGGAAGGAAGCUCCCAGGUCUGACCCAGUCCCCGUGGAAACGUCUCAAUCAAAGCUACUGCCGUGCUCAGACCCCUCUGCUCCAGUGUGUUUGCGUCUCACACAGAUUUGCUCAGACUCAGAUUCCUGCUGUCAUUCAUUGUGUGUAACACUGUGACUGAGGAGCUCUCUACUCCUAAGAACAUGUUUUCUACUGGAUAUCUCGAUGAAGCAGAGUGCACAUUUAGAGGCAUGGUGGUGUUUCAUUUUGUUUUUUCAUGCAGGUUUUUCCUGUUUGAAUGUUCUGAGGGACUUCACUCAUGUACAGUGCCAUUUUCCCAAACAACGUGAAGCCACAUUCUCUAUAUCAGCUGCCAACAUCAAUAUUUUUCAUCUUCAUCGUGAGCUUCUCUUGAGUUUUGGUCUCAUUUUUCAUGUGAAUAUGAAACAUACGUGUCCUGACAGUGGUUCUUUCUGAAUGUGGUAUAUCACAGUAAUCGAGUUAGACUAUUCACAAAACGUCAAAACCAAAACCAUGUGGUAAAAAGUUCAGCUUUCUCUGCUUAAGGUGUAAGGCAUUUCUGUGAUGGUACAGGCUAAGAUCGCAUCAUUCCAGAUCAACAAAACCUCUAAUGUCUCUGCAGAGAUCGUUUACUAAAAACCUGGACUGUGCAGUUGCACAGUCUUGAAAAGUUUUGACUCCUUUUUAUAAGUGCAUGUUCUUGUAAGACUUUUUAUUUGAAUGAUUGACUGUGGAAACUUUAGAUGAGCUCUGGAAAGAUCUGGUGCUAAUGUCAAAUAAAGAAAGCAAGCUAUGAUAAACUAUAUGAACUUUAGCUUUUCUCCAUUUGUCUGGCCAUUUACUAUAAUAUUAGAUCCACAUGAUACUAUUAUCACCACUGCGACUGCUAAUUCUUUAUACAAUACUUUUUAUAUAAAAAAAAAAAAAAAAUCGACAAGGUGCUGAAACAACUCAAAAACGACAUCCACAGCAGAUGACCUCAGCCACAACAACAUGUACUAUAAUAAAGACAACAAUGCAAAAUGAUACGGAGUGCGUGAAAAUGUGGGGUUUGGUUAGUAAAUGUGAUGUAAGCAGAUGUUUGCUUUUCAAGUGUGAUUUGUUCUUAGAAGCGACUGCAAAAUGUUUGUACCAAUGUCAUUUUGUAUGCCACUCCCAGUUU